AUGAUCGUGAAUAAAGUGGGCUGCCUGAAAAACGAUCUGGAAAAUGAUAAUGUCGGUGAGUUAGUACCAGUGGAAGAAACGAAUUCAUGGGUUGAUCAAUUAGCACAACUCGUCAUCCACGUCCCACCACCUCCAGCAGGCAAAGAUGAUUCCGCGGAUCAUAGUGGUACCGAAAAUUUCAGACGAAUGAUUUGCUCGAUGUUAAAAUCAUGGGCCGCAUCGUCUACCAUUGAAAGCAACGAGUUGAUUCGGAAAAUGUUCAAUCUUCUACUGCGCCAGUAUACCGGUGUUGCCGAGCUGAUGAAAGCAUUGUCUCAGACGUAUGUUCUACACGAGCGCAAUCUUGAAGAUGUGCAGGAUUUUAUCGAAAAUUUGAUCCAAGUCCGUGAGCUACUUAAUGUGCAAUUCGAGGCUGCCGAAGAAGCUAUCCUCAAAAGAGGUUUAUGGAGGCUGAUGAACAAUCGUAUUUUCUUCCAACAUCCUGAUCUAAUGCGCCUACUGACAGUCCAUGAAGACGUGAUGUCGAUUAUGAUGAAUGUUUUGACAGCUCAGCAAGGUGCUGCCGAACAUGCAGAGCACGAAAAUUAUGAUGAAGUAGCAACUGCGGAGGCUUUGAAGGUACAAAUUCAUGUGAUGCAUCCGAAAUGGUUGUUGCAUGCUCACGUUUCCUAUGCUAUUUUUGUCGAACUUCACGUCAAAAUCAAAAAGCCAUGUUCGAGCAUCUGUCAUUUUUGUUGGAUAAUGCAACAAUGCUUCUUGCAAGGCCCAGUUUGCGAGCCAAAUUCGGAACUGAUUGGAAAAGGUUAUCCGGACAUUGGAUGGGAUCCGGUAGAGGGUGAACGUUACAUCGAUUUCCUGCGAUUUUGUGUCUGGAUCAAUGGCGAAAGCGUAGAAGAGAAUGCUAAUUUGGAAGCAAUAGCCCUUUCCGAAGAUAUUCGAGCGUUGGAAGCGAGCGGCGAUCGAGCAGUUUUACACAGUGGAAUACUAAGCGAGCAUCCUCAUUAUCCAAGCAAAGAGACCGAAAGUGAGGAUUAUAUUGAUCUUGGAGCAGCUACGCUUGAUUUCUAUUCGUCACUGGUUGAUCUGCUUGCUAAGUGCGCCCCUGACAAACUCAAUAUACAGGCUGGAAAAGGCGAUAGUGUACGAGCUCGAGCUAUAUUGCGCUCGCUGAUUUCACUGGACGAUUUGGGUCAAAUUCUAUCACUAAAGAUUGCUUAUAAGUAA